AUGAAAAGUUUUUUUAGAAAUCGUGCUCAUUCUGUUGUUGGAACGGGAAACUAUAUGGCUCCAGAAGUAAUUCAGCGGACUGGACACACUCAACUUUGCGAUUGGUGGAGUGUUGGAGUAAUUUUAUACGAAAUGGUUUUUGGACGUCCUCCAUUCAUGAGUCGUGUUGAUGACCCCGCAGAAACUCAAUACAUGAUUGUACAUUGGUAUCGUUUUCUUGACUUGAAGAACCCGAUGGGUGCACGUCUUUCACGUCAAUGCAUAGAAUGUAUUGCACGUUUAUGUUGUGAUCAAGGCAUUCGUUUAGGCCAUAGACAAGGAGCUAAGGAUAUUAAAGAACAUGUCUGGUUUAAAGGUAUAGACUUUUUAAAUUUACGAAACAUUACGCCUGAACAUGUUCCUCGUGUACGCCAUCCUGAGGAUACUUCUAAUUUUGAUACAUUUGAAGUUUGCCGUACAGACGAGGAAGAAGAUGAUGAAGAUAAUGAAAUAAAUAGAAUAAAUGAAGACAAAAAUAUUAAACAAAUGACAGCCAUAACUCCUUCAAAUGUUUUGCGUGAAAACAAAGAAAACGGAAAGAAGCACUCUUCGAAUAUUCAACAACAACUUCCUCCAAAUUUUAUAGAUUUUACUUUUCGACAUUUUUUUUCUGACGGAAUUGGUGGAAGCACUAGUGGUAAAUUUAUUUUUGUUUGAGAUUGAGUGCUUAUUGUUAGUUUUGUCGGAAUUCCGGUUUCCAACUGUUUCCCUGAGGCAUUUUAUCGUCUGGCAUUUCCGACACUUUCGUCAUUUCCGGUCGGUAUUUAGGAAGGAACCUACA